AUGGUGCACGCCAGCGGGAGGGAUCGCGAGGUGUACGACCAUCGUCAACACCAGCAGCAUUUCUACGCUCACCAGAACCGCCACCACGUCCCCACCGACGUCCCCCAGCCGCCCGCCCACCACUACCCCCAGCACCAGCACCACUCACAGCAGGACUACCACUACCGCGCGCCGCAGUCGCCGCCCUCGCCGCCCGUCGAGGAGGCGCACAAGCCCUCGCUGCCCUCGAUAUCGAGUCUGCUGGGCAUCGCGGAUGGUGAUAGAGCCAAUUCCGAGACCGCCGGAAUGAGCCCGCACCAGAGCCAGCAGCAGCAGCAGCCGUCGCCCUCGACGCAGCAUCCGCCGCAGAACCCGAUCUCUGCACAGCAGCCAGAGAGCCGCCCGGAGCAGACAGCGCAAGCUUUCGGUCCAGCGAUCGUGAGCAACCCCAGAAUGACUUUGCCGCCGACGCCUCCCAUGCAGCCGGAGUCCGUCGUUGACGGGAACCAGUCUCCAUCCGCGGCCUCGACGCAGUCCUCGGUAGCGCCACAGCCGUACUAUCUCGGCCAGUCCCUCAACAACAUGGAGCCGCACCAACAGCGGCAGCACGUCCCGAACCCAUCCAUGAUCAAGCGCCAUUCACUCCCCUCUCAGCAAUCCAUGUCUCCGUACAACGCCUCUCCCUACGUUACCUCUCCGUACGCCUCCUCGCCCGGUGCGGCGUCUACUGGAUCCUUCUACUCACCAGAGACUCAUCCUUACCCUGCUGCUGGUAUGUAUCAGCAACGACCUCUCCCAUCAAACUUCGCGCCCCAACAGAUGCCCAUGCCAGUAGCAUCGAACCCAGCGAACCCUGGCAAUCUAUGGCAGCAUCAUCACUACAUUAGUCAGUCUAGCCAGUCCGCUUUUCCUCAGUCGCCGGACCGCUAUAUCUGCCCGACCUGUAACAAGGCCUUCUCAAGACCAAGCAGUCUGCGCAUUCACAGCCAUAGCCACACAGGCGAAAAGCCAUACAAGUGCCCUCAACCUGGGUGCGGAAAAGCAUUUAGCGUGCGCAGUAACAUGAAACGGCACGAACGCGGCUGCCAUGCCGCUGGCAACGUCAUGUCAACAUCAUGA